AUGCCACCACAUCUACAUCCACGAAGUCGACUCACAUCCUCCCUCUUCGCAACAACCCUUUUCGCCAGUUUCUUUGUCGUAGCCCUCCCACACGCGCUUCCAUGUCCGGCGCCAAGGGUGGCAUAUGCAGAUGAGGAUGUAUCACCGGACGAACUAAGAGCAAGGAGACGACGGAGGCAGCGGAGGAAGGACAAAGAAAUGGCACUGAAGAAUAGCAGUGUUGUGCAAGAAACUACGGAAGUAUGUGAGGGUGUGUCUACACUAGUAGGACCUCUGGUGAAAUCGAAAAGAGAGUGCCCAGUACCUAAGCCCAGCGGGAUCUUCGGAGACAUGUUUGGAUUCGGAGCAAGCAAUGGGUCGAGCAGUCCGUCGAGUACUGACGGGAAGGGGUCAAGACCGCCAUAA